AUGCACGGCUCGGCGGGCCUUCAUUCCGCCUUGGCGAUAAAACGCCAAAGGCGACACCGUGAGCAAGCCAAAAAGCGAGCAGCCGAACGAAAAAUGUCGACCAGAACCAACAGCACCGAUAGCAUAGAGCAACCGAAAAGAAGAAGCAGCUUCCACCCUCCCAACGACAACACCCUCGCCACCUCCAUAGGCAUGCUGCACCUGGGCAUCUGCUUCAUGGUGCUGGGCUGCUUCCUCAUAGGAUCAGGUCUCCUGCCCGACGACAUAGUAACCUGGCGAGGCGGAGGCUGGUGGAACGAGCUGGUGCUCACCGGCAUCUUCGUCCUCGCGCUGGGACUGUUCUUCAUCGUCUUGAACCGCAUCAUGAGCAAGAAGGAGGAAACAGAGCUGGAAGACUACGUCGCCCGGCAGCUGGUCAGGUCCCGGUCGGGGCACAGGUUGGAGAGGGACGUGGAGACCGGCUGUCUGGCCACCAAGCACCACAAGCGGCUGCUGGAGAAGCAAAGGGAGGACAAGAACAGGGGACUGAACGAUUUUCCGCCGACGCACACGAAGAUACCGAUGUCCGACGGCGGCGAAACGUAUUUGGAGAAGAUCCUCGAAGAGGAGGUGAACGAGAGGGAGGCGGACAAUCGGCAUCACGAGAAUAAGGAGACGAUGUCGACGACGACGACGGCAAGCCCUGGAACUCCUACUGAAAUUCGGGAACUCCUCGCCAACGGUAGGCAGUACAGUUUUAAUUCCAGGCAGUACUAA